AAGUAGCCCGCGGAGCAGAGGGAGCUAACGGCAGAGACUGUUUUUCGAUGUUUUCUGCUUUAAAUUCAGAGUCUGGUGAAUAAAACUCGUCCAGACUUGCAGAGAUGAUGGAGUCUUGUUUAGCCGGGAAGCCGGAGAGAGUCGGGCCGGUGGAGGUGGACGACAUAAGGAGAGAUCUGCUGGGUGAUUUUGAUGCUGCGCCAGCUCAGGACAGUGCUCAGUCUCAGUCUGAGAACCUGCAGGUCUACCUGAGGGUUCGACCGUUCACUGUAGUUGAGAGUGGCAACGGAGAGUCACAGGAGUGUGUGACCAUCGAGGCACCGGACACCGUGGUCCUGAAGGCUCCCAGGAGCUGUCAGUCAAACCGACAGAGCGAGAAGUCCCUACCACAGACAGCACAGAGGUUCAGCUUCACACAGGUAUUCGGUCCAGAUGCCAGUCAGAGGAAGGUGUUUGAGGGUUCAGUUCGUGGUUUGGUGCGAGACGUUCUGGAAGGAGGAAACUGUCUGGUGUUCACAUACGGAGUCACCAACGCUGGAAAGACGUUCACAUUCCUCGGUCCGGAUCAUGACUCGGGUCUGCUGCCCAGGUCUCUGUCCGUCAUCUUCAACAGUAUUGAAGGUCGCCUGUACAGCCGGAGCGACCUGAAGCCUCAGCGCUGCAGAGACUUCAGCAGACUGACUCCAGACCAGCAGGCAGCAGAGAGCAGCAGCAAGAAGAACCUGCUGAGGCUGCUCAAAGAGAGUGACAGAAGUCUGACGUCUGGAAGAUCCACGUUUCUCGAAGGCUCGUCUCUCAGCACUGACAGCAGUCUGAACAGUGUCUCUGAGGCCGACAGUUUCUGUCUGGAUGUCGACUCAAACGUCCGUUUCUCCGUCUGGGUUUCAUUCUGUGAGAUUUACAACGACAACAUCCACGACCUGCUGGAACAGGUUCCCAGUGGACACCACAAGAGGACGAUGUUACGUCUGUCUCAGGACGUCAAAGGAAACUCCUUCAUCAAAGACUUGCGCUGGGUCCAGGUGAACAGCUCUGAGGAGGCCUACAGAGUGAUGAAGAUUGGGAAGAAGAACCAGAGUUUUUCCUCAACCAGACUGAACCAGCUGUCUAGCAGGAGCCACAGCAUCUUCUCCAUCAGGAUCCUCAGAGUGGACGACGUGGGAGUUCCCAGAGUCCUCGGCAUCAGCGAGCUGGCUCUGUGCGACCUGGCCGGCUCAGAGCGCUGUUCUCGGACUCACAACACCGGAGAGAGACUGAAGGAGGCGGGAAACAUCAACAGCUCUUUGCUCACACUCGGGAAGUGCAUCAACGCCAUGAGACUCAAUCAACACUCCAAGUUCCAGCACCACGUUCCCUUCAGGGAGUCCAAGUUGACCCACUUCCUGCAGUUCUUCUUCUGUGGUGCCGGCCGCGUCUCCAUGGUGGUCAACAUCAACCAGAGCGCGUCCUGCUUUGACGAGACGCUCAAUGUCCUCAAGUUCUCCGCCCUCGCACAGAAGGUGGUGCUGUUGAACGCGAGGCCGGCCGUCCUGGACGACGCCCCGCACAGGUCGGCCAUGGAGCUGUCGAUGAUGAUCGACGACGCCGACCAGCACAGAAACAUGUCGGGGAGGGGCAGGAAGAGCUCGCUGGUUGCCUGGGAGACGACCCUGGAGGACGUGUUGGAGGAUGAGGAUGGUGAAGGGUGGGAGGAGGAAGAAGAGGAGGAGGAGGAGAGUGUGAUGGAGGGAACUGUGCUGGAGGCAGGAGGUGAAGAAGACCAGACCAUGGAGGAAGAGGAGAAGUCGGACAGAGAGGCGGCGCUGCGUUUAGUUCUGGAGGCUCAGAUCAGAGAAGAAGUCAGCGCUGAGUUCAUGGAGCUUUUUAAUAAGAUGGAGAAAGACUACAGUGAUCGUCUUGAGAAGGAGAGGGAGAUCCUGGAGGAACGAGCUGAGAAAAGAGUCGAGAUCCUUAAGAACCUCGUCAGCAAGACGGUCGACCUGUCAGCUGUGAACGUCGACAGCAGCAAGGAGGAGCAGGUGACUCUGUUGGAGGGAAUCAUCGGAUCAAUGACCGAAGACCUGGAGAAGAUCAGAGAGGACGCUCAGAGUGUUCACCGCUGUCUGACUGAACACACACACACUGCAGAGCUGGAGGCGCUGCGCUUGGAAAAGCAGCAGUCGCAUGACCAACUGCAGGAAGCCAAGGAGAGUCUGGAGCGGCAGAGACACAAGUGUUCAGAGCUGAUGGAGAUGUGUCGGCAGAAAGACGAUGUCAUCAACAGACUGCAGGCGGCCAUGGACAGUGCUGUGGAGAACGCCACCAGAGACAGAGCUCUGGUGGAGUCGAUCAGAGUGGAGCUGCUGGAGCUUCAACAGACCUGCCGCUGUCUGAGGAGAGCAGGAGGAGAGCAGGAGGAGCAGGAGGAGGAGAGCAGGAAACGCAGGCGUAACCAUCUGGAUGACGAGGAGAGAGGAGGACCGGCCAAGAAGAGAGUGGUUCUGGAGGAGGAGAUCUGGAGGCUCCAGGAGGAGAAUGACCAGAAGGAGGAGACCAUCCUCCAGCUGAGAGAGCGUGAGGAGGAGGUGGAGAAGGAGAGGACGAGGCUGGAGGAGGAGCUGAGGAGACGGGAGGAGGAGGUGGAGAAGGAGAGGACGAGGCUGGAGGAGGAGCUGAGGAGACGGGAGGAGGAGGUUGAGGAGUUGAAGAAGGAGCAGGUUUUGCUGGAGCAGAAGGUGCAGCAGCUGACAGACCUGGACGAGUGUCCAAACUGUGUCUCUGUGUUUUCGUCUCUGGAGUCUGAGCAGAGGGAAACAUCCAGACUGAUGAAGGAGAACAAAGCUCUGGUUAAUGGCAUCUUCCAGCUGCAGACAGAGGUGACCGGUCUCCAGAGGCGGCUCACUGAGAAGACUGACAGGUCUGACAGCCUAUCGGAGCAGCUCAACACCACAGAGACCCGCCUCCAGGACCUGCAGAGCCAAUCAGAGGAGCAGACCAGAACCAUCAACAGUCUGACAGAAGAGGUGGAGAGUCUGAGACAGGAAGCCAAGGAGGGGGAGGGGCGGAGCAGCAGCAGUGUUUUUCACGUUGCCAUGGCGCAGCUGAAGAAGGAGAGUGAAGCAGUGCUGCAGAGAUCAGCUGAUAAAUCACAACAGAUCAAAGACCUGGAGGAGAGUCUGACUCACAGUGAGAACAGGUGUGUUGAGCUCACAGAGGAGUUAGCCAAUCAGAAAGCGAAAUUCUCCCACCUGAGGGCGGAGCUUGAGUCUGAGGGCGGAGCUCUGCGAGGGAGACUGGAGGAGAUGGACAGAUCACAGGAGGAGAGGAGGAGAGAGGAGGAGAGAGAGAAACAAGAGCUGCAGCGGGUCCUGACGGAGAAGGAGACACUUGUAGCAGAGACUCACAGACAGAUGGAGACUCUGAGACGAGAGCUGGAGCGUCUGAAGGAGGCGCUGCAGAGGAGGGAGGAGGAGGAGAAGGAGAACAGAGAGGAGGAGGAGAGGAAGGUGUUGAUGGUGGAGGAGCUGAAGGAGGAGAUCCAGAGAUUCCAGGAGAGGAGGGGGAGACGAACAAAGGAGCAGGUGGGGGGGGGGAGCACGAGGAGGAGCAGAGAGUUUGAGGCAGUGAAGAGAGAGAUGGAGAGACUACAGAGGCUGAAGGAGGAGAGAGAGAAGGAUACACAGGUGAGUGUGUCUGUCCUCUCUCCUGAGCAGGACAUUCACGUCUCUCCUCUGAGGUCCAACAUGGCUGACAAGAAGAAAACCCCCAAAACCACCGGGAGGAAGAGGAAGAGCUGCGAGGUGCAGGACCUGGUAUUCAGUGAAAAUAAGAGAAACAAAGUGAGAGGAAACACUCGGAGCAACAAACAGGAGAAGAGAGACGGGACUCUGCAGAAGAUUGGAGAGCUGAUCCACAGUUCACCCUCGAUCCUGGGCUGCAAAGCUAAAACCAUCCUUGGUCUGGUCAGCGGACACUCAGUGGAGAAGGAGACUGUUACCGUGGCAACCAAACCCCGACGAGGACGCAAGAAGCUUUACAAGACGGAUGCCUCGACUCCACUGCUGGACUCUCCGCACAUGACGUGUGGAGGAGCAGAGGAGGAGAAGGAGAGCGACCAUGUCACCAUCAAGAGACAGCUGCGCUCCAAAACCUGCAGGAAGUGAUGUCAUCACCCUGCGACGACACUACGCUGUAAGAAGUUUUUAACCCUCAGACUUCUGAAGAAGUCUUUUGAAGAAGUUUGUUCUUUAGUAACUUGGCAAUUUGUGAUUUCAGUAGCUUUUUAUUGCUGUGGUCAAAAUAAGACGCUGAUGAAACUUUUUCACUUUAUAAAAAAAAUAAAAAUGAUUCCCCGCCUCC